AUGGAAGGCGGCGGAUGGAGACAGAGCCCGCGGAGUGGAUGGGCGGGAACAGCUGCAGGCGGGCUUGUGGUUGCAGUCAUUGUGCUCGUGCUCAACCUGGCGGUCCGCGACACCUUGCCGGCGACCCAGCACGCGGUGGUGCUGGUGACCGAUGCCGCCGACGAGGGCGAAGCCGCUCUGGUUGUGGCAGCCUGGCCGGCGGCCGUGUCGGGCUCCGGAGCGCCGCUGCCUGCCGCCUCACACCCUCAGCCGCCGCCGCUCCCGCUUGUGGCUGCGCCGGCUGUCUCGGACGCGGUGGUCGUCGUGGCUCGUCUCGUCCGGCUGCCCUCGUUCACCGCACCCGAUCCGGCGCCGCUGGCCGCCGCCCUCGCCGUCGCUCGCUCCGUCGUCCCGUUCGACGACCGCUACGCCACGCCGAUAUACACUUAUAUUGCGCCGACGAGCGCUGCUGAGGCGGAGGCGGUCGAUGCCGCUGCCAUGCGGCUCCGCGGCUUCCUCGCAGACUCGGAGUUUGAGGACAAGGGCUAUUGGACGCUGCCGCUGCCGGCGGCGGCUCCGGGCACUGCCGCUUGGCUGGCCGCCAAUCCGCUGGCAAGCGGUGUUUGUGCCGGCGGCGACGCGUCUGUUGCGGGCGUCGUCUUCUCCUGGGAGUUUCUUGCUGUCGGCGCUGCCGCCCCGCAGGGCCUGCCCGACACCCACGCCACCCUCACCUUUGCCUGCCGCGCGUAUGUGUCGUCGAUGGCAGCCGCGUGGCCGGCCUUUGGUCCGGGCGCCAAGGCCUUGGCCUGGCGCUCCGCUGGUACCGCCGCUGUCCGCGCCUCCAACGCCAACCAAACCACCGCUUGCCUCCCCGCCACCGCCUUUGUCGCGCUUGUUGGCGCCGGCUCGGCGAGUCCGCUCGGCCUGCUUGGUGCCUCCGCCGACGGUGCCAGCUGCGCUGCCGAGCUAGCACCGCUUCUCAACAUGAGCAGUGGUGCCGGCAUGGAUGGCAUCUCGCUCCCAGCCCCGCUUACAGCGGCUCACGUCUCGCUCCAGGGCAUCGCUGCUCGCGGCUACCAAGCCGCCGCCAGCUACGUCAACUCGACCGGCAGUAUCGCGCCGCACGUGCCGUCGCUGGCGGAACUCCGUGAGGUGGCGAGCACUGUCUGCGCGCUCCCAGCCACGACGUAUCGCGAGCGGUUGGAGCCAGACUUUGCGCUCGCCAACACCCCGCUCUGCUUUGUUCUCGAGUGGACGGCGCUGCCGGGCGCCCUCUUCCGCCCACCGAACCCGUCGACGUGGACAACCGCUCACUGGGGCCGGCUCGCCCACGACUCGAUCACUAUUGUGGCAGCGCUCCUCGGCAUCGCGUCGUGCAUGGUUGCGUUUUGGCAGUGUUCACUGUGGCACAAGCGGCUGGCGCGCGCGCACGCGGAGACCGGCACUGACGCCGAGUCGAUUGGACUCGUGCCGUCAGCCAUCGCCACGUCGACCUACAACACCGCGUCAUAG